CUGGACCGCAUCGUAAUAUUUGCAGUAUUGGUCCAAUUAACCAGAUAGAAUAUGCUCUUUGUGGGAGACAAUAAUCGCAAAUUUUGUCUCUUGACGUCACUUUGAGUGCGGCGCAUCUCCGUUCCAUACUCUGGGUUGUGCUCCACCGAAAAUAUAUCGAGGCACGCGGUCGACCAUCGGAUCUAUAACCGCACCAUCAAACGUCAUACCAGACCAACCCAAGAUCCAGCUGCCAUGACAGACCAUACAGGGUCCAGAACGGCUCCGUUCUACUCCAUCCCGCCUCGUCGCAUGGUCAGCGUGGAACAUCCCGCGAUUAUCAAAAAUGUCGACAAAGCCCUGGACACGCUCAGCGGCGAUGCAGGUAUCACCAGAAUUCUCAACCCUCCCAAGGCCGACACCCCGGCCAGCCUCUUCCUCCGGCCGGAGGAUGCGAUGUCGCGGCCGAUGAAGUCGAUCAGCUCGGCGGCCAACAACGUCCUGGUCAAGGUUACGGUGCCCAAGCGCACGGGUCGCAAACGCAAGAAGGGCUCCGACGAGCCCUUCACCGGAGUCGCCAUCUCCACUGGAAACGUGGAAGCCCAGCGACGCAGCGCGCGGAAAGUGCUGCAGAGCCUCCGGGACAAUGUCGGGAGGUAUCAAGUCGAGCCGGUAGGCAUGAUCGAGCGGACUCAUGUGUUUCGCGGAAUGCCGGACUUUGUCUUCUCGACGACGUCGAGCGCGUUAGCCAACAAGUUCCGCGAGCAUAUCUUGCCGUUCGACUACGAGAAAAUGAAGCGCUUCGACAUCGACAUGACCAAAGGCAUCACGUCCAACGUGGACAUCAUCCCGCCACCAUCAUUCAGCCACGGCGACAUGCCCUUCAACUACAUCUACCGUCAAAACCCAACCAUGCAAAAAUCCAUCGACAACUCCGGCAAAAUAACCACGAUCAACACGCAGCGCACAGUGAAGGUACUCACCCACCUGGUACCCUACGACAUCCCAACCGUCCCCUCACAACCCCGCGACAACUGCCCCCCCAUCGAGACACUAGACCCAACCCUCCAAGAAACAAUCACCCAGCUACACAGCCUCUUCGCCACACGUCCCGCCUGGACACGGCGAGGACUGCGCAACGCGCUCCCCAGCGUCGAGAAGCGGUACGCGCUGCGGCACGCGAUCCCCUACGUCGGCUACAUUUUCCGAUCGGGGCCGUGGCGCGACGCAAUAGUGCGAUUCGCGCACGACCCACGCACCUCGCCCGAAAACCACAAGUACCAGACGCUGAUGUUCCGGAUCCUGCCGCGGGACGCCGACGUCGCGCGCGACGGCUACCUCGGCGGUGGCAGCGGCAACAACCAGCUGGGAAACCCGAUCGUACCGAGCGGCGGGGGGCGGCGACACACGUACUUUCGGCCGAACGAGGUCCCGCAGUUCGACCCGACGGGGUCAUCGCAGGAUCAGGCGCAGCAUCAGCCGGGCCUGCUCCCCACGGACACGCACCUGUUCACCGGCCAGCCGCCCCUACCCCGCGACGGCCGCAUGUGGAUGUACUGCGAUAUCCAGGACCCGACGUUGCGUGCGAUCCUGUUCCCGUCGGACCCCCAGCCCGAAGGGUUUCUUAGAGAGCAGUGCGAUAUCCUCCACGAUGGCUGGUAUCGCAAUGGCACGCUCGCGAAGUUCAAGACUAUCAUGCGCCAUAAGGUGCUGGCGCUGUUGGAGGAUCGCGCUACCGACGACGCAGACUUCGACCAGAUCCUCACGCUGCCGGACGUCGCUACGCCCGAUACCAUCAACACUGAGUUCUGGCUCGACCCUGCCACUGCCACGCAGAAGAGUACCAUGAUGGCCACCGAGGUGCGCUCCAUCAUCAAGAGCGCCCCGGAGUUCCGGGAGCGGGCCGCGGCCGAGAAGAAGGCGGCGAGGAAGACAGGUCGGAGGGGAGCGGCGGAGACGCCCGGGGCCAAAGGGACGGCGGGGCGGCGGGUGCAGUUUCGGGAGGAUGUGGUUGGUGGGGACGACGAGGAGGAGGAACAAGAAAUGGAGGUAGGCGAGGAGUUGAGUGAAGGCGAGGAAGAGGCCUUUGAACAGGAGGAGUUGCUGGAAGCUCAAGCGGCGGAGGCGGCGGCCGCAGUGUCGGCUGCGGCCGAAGAAGAUGAAGACGAUGAGGACGAGGAUGAAGACGGGAGCGAAAGUGAACAGGACGACGACGCCUUUAGAUGAUGCCGAAGGGUUGGAAUUACAAAAUUGAAGCAAGCAUUACAGGUAGCCUAGAUAUCAC